UAUGUAAGUCUACAUCUUUGUAGCCAAAAAUAAAUAAGUUUUAAGAAUGGCUGCUAACGAUAUGAGAUCGGUUGCAUCCUUCCUUAUGAUCCUCAAUUUUGCUAUGUAUGUUACCCUUCUCGGGCUUGGUGGUUGGGCGAUGAAUCGAGCCAUUGAUCAUGGUUUCAUCAUAGGUUCCGGGUUUGCGUUACCUGCACAUUUCUCACCUAUUUACUUUCCUAUGGGAAACGCGGCUACUGGUUUCUUUGUGACUUUUUCAUUGAUCGCGGGUGUAGUGGGUGUUGCGUCUAUCAUUGCUAGUAUUGAUAAUAUUCGUUCUUGGGGUUCUGAGGGCCGGCCUGCAGCAGCUUCUGCUGCUCUAGUUGCAUGGGGACUAACUCUGCUUUCCAUGGGGUUUGCUUGGAAGGAAAUCGAGCUUGAAGGCAGAAAUGCAGCACUGAGAGCCAUGGAGGCAUUUUCUAUCAUCCUUUCGGUUACUCAAUUCCUAUAUACAGUUGUUCUUUUUGGAUGAUCAAGGCCAUGAUAUCGAUCAGUUUGAAUUACACGCUUAUCUUGCAGAUCAGGCAUUCAUCUCCAAAGGCUUAUUCUUGAAUUGUUUUUUUUUUGUGAUUGAUUAUAGACACUGUUUGAUUAAUAUAUUGUAUUUGUACAAGUAUAUAAUAAAGCCUGGUUUGUCAAA